UGAUGUCCUGAAAAGCCGAUGAAAUUUGGGCCGCAGCCAUGCGCGGAUUGGUGUGUGCCUUUGCGGUGUUGCUGGCGGUGUUGUGUCAGGUGACUUCGAUUGAUCUUUAUGCCAAAGGCGUGGUAAUUGUGGAGGAGCUUUAUCUGCAACUUCUCCAGUUGGCCGGUGACGUGUCCGUCACGGUCACGUCGUCAAUCCCCGGAGGUGAUGCAUUGACACCAAGUCCCCCGAGUCCAGAGCCUCAAGCCUCGAUCACGUCCUCUAUUGAGAAGGCAGACGUGUUGAAACAGCCCUUGGCGAAGAACGAGCAGGAGAUUGACGCGCAGCAACGUGUGAGUGCACGUCGUUAUGCCCAGAUGAAAGAUAUGAAAGCGGUCGAGGCGCUUCCUUUGCCGCCGGACGAGAUCCGUCGUAGCAUGCCCCCGCUGGACAGGCAUGGUCCGGAGAUGCGCUGUGGUGAAUUCCUGCCCACAGAAAGCCGCUUGAUCACGCGUAAUGUUGAGCUGCACACCAGGUCGGUGUUCCAGGGCAACUUCGGAGGCAGCCAAUACGUUUGGAAGUAUUUUGUGACCUUUAAGAAUCUCGGUGAGGAAACGGUACAGAUGCUCACGAGACAUUGGAUCUUUGUGGAUGCACUGGGCCGUUUAGCCGCGGAGGUCAAGGGGCCAGGCGCCCGCGGGGUGACGCCCGUGUUGCCACCGAAGGGUGAAUGGACCUACGAGAGCGGUACCAGUUUAGAUACGCCGUAUGGUUCCAUGCACGGCAGUUUCCAGUUCGACCUCCUCCAGGGCGGCCAUGGCCCGCGCAGCUUCAGCGCGCGCGUGGGGCGCCUGGCGCUGUCCGACGACGGACGUGCUAAGGAGGUGCCGUGCGUGGACGAGGCCAAAGAAGGCAUGUUGCCCUUGACCAGCGUCCUCUCAGUGGAGCGCGUGAUUUUGGGCGGACGCGCCGAGUUCAGUCGCAAGAAGGCGGGAAAGUACUAUUUCCAGUACGAUGUGCAGUUCAACAAUGCUCGUGAUAGCGAUGUAGAUGUGUUGAGCCACCUUUGGGAAGUGGUGGAUUCCAAGGGCCAGCGUCAUACGGUGUCGGAAGGUCCAGGUGUUGGAGGUGCCUACAAGCACCAGGAGCGACCGCUACGCGCGGGCGACGCCUUUCGCGUCAACGGCGAGAUCUGGUCGCCCACCAGAGCGGGCAACGCGCAGGGCACGUUCAGAGUAUUGAUCCGUGGCGAAGAAAGCCAUGAGAUCGAGGCGAGGACGGACUUUAUGGGCCUUUCAGCUGACAAGGACAUUACUCAUGUGCCGAACUUUGUCUCGGACCCCAACUUUGCAGGCUCUUGAAGUCUUUUUCGCUGAGCGCCGAAGCUCUCGGUGAACCGUGGCCAUGAUGCCAUGUACAUAGGAUGGGAUGAGGUGUUGGACCAGCGAUUUUUCUUAGCGAUGCCACAACCGGUCACAACCGC